UUUCUCCAUUGCUCCAAGAACCUCCGCUAAUUCUUUCUCAUGGAUCCGUCUACUUCUGAACAGAAUCCAACUCUCACCCAAAUCAGAGAACUAUUGCGAGAAGAUAACCGAGACGGAUUCUUCGACUUCGUCGAUUAUCUCUUCUCAGAGGACGAAUCCCUCAGCGACCCCGCCGAUUCCCUCUACGAAGCCGCCAUGGACGAGUAUCCGAAUGCUCUUUCUAACAAGCUCGCCCUAGCUAUCAACAUUAGCCCUGAUACCCAAACCAGAAUGCGCUGUUCUACUCUCUUCUCCCGUUUUCUUGCCGUAAAAUCGCCCUUCCUCCACCAGAUGAUCAAUCAAAGACUCAAGGACUUCUUUCUCCAGCUCCUCCAGGAUGAGGAGGAAUGGGAGGUCCUCAAGAUUCACUGCACCUGCGUUUCAAGCAUCGCCGCUCGGCUUCUUCCCAAGGAAGAUUGGCCGGAAUUGCUGGUAUUGAUGUUGGAAUGGUUAUCUUCUCCGAACUCAACGCUUACAAGAUUGGCCACUGUUGUUUUGCUGUACGAACUAAUUCCAGAAUGCCCUAAUACUUUUAGUCCCUAUGCCGAUCCUAUAAGUUUAGGGUUUCAGCGGUUAAUGGAUGAGGGCUGUGAAGAUAACACAGCCAGAAUCGCCACUGUUGGUGCCGCAGCCAAGUUUAUUUUGUACUUAGCUACUCCUUCAAAUUAUGAGGGCUGUGAAGAUAACCAGUAUUAUGGUCUGCUGCCCGGAAUGAUCAGCGUAUUGGGGGGUGCUGUUUAUGAUCAAGAUCUUGCAUGUAAGGCGCUUGAUGCAAUGACUAUCUUGGCCAAAGCAAAACCAAGGUUUUUCACACUUGUUCAUAUGACAAAAUUGGCAGAGGCAAUGCUUAAGAUAGCGAGCCAUACUAAUUCGAAUUCGAACGAAAAUAUGAGGCAACUAGCAGUUAACUUCUUCAUUGCAGUGGGUGAGGGCGGAGAUGAAGGUAAGGGAAUGAUUCAGAGUCUGCCCGGUAAUGUAAUUGAAAAGUUGCUCACACAGUUGCUUCAAAUGCUGAUGUGCGUUGAGGAUGACGACGCUUCUUGGAACGAAGCAGAUGUUUAUGAUAGGGAUGUAGGCAAAAUGACUAUGUGCUGUUAUGCUGAGGAUGCUUUGAGCAGACUGGCGAUAGUGCUGGGUGGAGAUGUAGUUGUGCGCAAUUCUCCUGAUUUGCUCCCAGGUUUCUUUAAAGAUGCUGAUUGGAAAAAGCGCUAUGCUGCAGUAGUGUCCCUUGGCUUAGUUGCAUCAGGGUGCUCAGAGAUGUUAGUGCAAUACCUGGAAGAAUCUGUGGAAAAAAAAAUGGCACUAGUUCGUGAUAAGCACCCUCGCGUGCGCUGGGCAGCUAUCUAUGCAAUUUCUGAAUUCUCAAAGUACCUGAGUCCCUAUUUUCAAGAACAGUGUCAUGAACAAGUUAUUCCUGCUUUAUUACAAGGCAUGGAUGAUUUUGGCAACCCCAGAGUGCAGACAUAUGCAGCAUGGACAAUGUCAAAUUUCUGCAAGAAUUGCUGUUCAAAUAUAUUGAAACCACACCUGAAAGAAAUUAUUAGCAAACUGCUUAUGCUCCUGCAGGCAGGGAAGACAUUAUUGAAAGAAACAGCUUUGAGUGGGUUAUCCUCAUUAGCUGAUUCAACCAAGGAUGAUUUUCAACCAUUCUAUCCCAUGGUUAUGCCCUACCUAAAAGUUAUAUUAAGAAAAGAAACUUCCAAUUUCAUGCUAGUUGCCAAAACCCUAGAGUGCAUCACUUCGGUUGCAAUGGCUGUGGGAAAAGCUGUAUCCUCUACUGAUGUUGAAAAGAUUGUUAACGUUCUUCGCUCAAUACAUAAACGUGAUGAUAUGGAUGGUCAAGUGAUAUGUUAUUUGCUCCAAGCAUGGGGGAGAAUAUGCAAAUCUUUUGGGGAGGACUUCCGUCCUUACCUGAAUGCUUCUAUGCCUCUACUGAUAAAGUCAGCUGAACGGGAAGAACACCUAAAGGAUAAUUUAGGGAAUUUCAAGGAAAAAAGCAUUAUCUUGAAGGAGAUGUUGUGGGCCUGUAAUAUAAUAAGCUGCUUUGCUGUUCAUAUCAAAGGAGGACUGCAUUUGUGGAUUGAAGAGGUUUUAUAUGUUGUAAUUGAACUCGUCAAUUUUAAAUUUGAUGAAAAAGUUAGAGUAGCUGCAAUAUCAGUAAUGCCAUUGCUGUUGCGAUCAGCUGCUAAUGCUGUGGAAAACGAGCUUCCUAUUCCACGAUUUUUAGAUUCUCCAAUCAUUGAUUUAGCAAAGAUGAUAAUCCCAGCUUUGGGUGAAGCCUUAUUGGCACCAACCAUAAAAGUUCAAGUGCAAGCAUUGGUGGCAUUGAAUGAAACCAUGCAGAUUGCUAGUACUUGGGCACCUGAUCAGAAAGAAAUUAUUGACACCAUAUUGAAGGUUCUCUCAGCAUGCUUCACCAGGAAAAAGGAAAGGGAAAAUAUGGCAAAGUAUAGAUUAGACGUUAGGAAGCCUGAAGUGGUCAAGGAGGAAAUUCAGGAGGAGCAAAAGUUUUUCAGAGAAGUUCGUAUUUGUGUGCAAAUUUUGUUAAAAAGGCUCUAUGCUCGAAACCUCAUCCCUACAGUUCUUUAUGUAGAACGAAUGUGGGAAAAGGAUAUUACACCUGAAGAAAGAAGAAUGGCCUUGAACAUUUUUAGUGACAUUGCAGAGCUAUGCAGAGAACAUGGUUUAAGGCUAUAUCCAGAAUAUAUUCCGUUACUGUUCGAAGAUUGCAAUAAUACAAAUCCAGACAUUCAACAGAUCGCUGCCUCUGCAAUUGGUAUAUAUGCUGAGUUUGAUGAUAGAGAAGCGUUUAAGGAGCAUAUUCAAGAUGGACUCUCUAGUCUGGAAGCUAUAUUUCAGCACCCUAGUGAAGGUGGCCUAGAUCACUCCAUGGCAAAAGAUGCUGCUGUUUGUGCUUAUGGGAAACUCUGUUUCUUCUUUUGUGAAGAAAUUGACUCGUACCAGAAUAUAGAUCUGUGGCUCUUCCAUUUGCCAUUGAAAUGUAAUUUCGACGAAGCCAAAGCUGCCCAUGGACUGCUUUGUUCCAUGGUUGACAACCCAGAGACUAGGGUUACUGGCCCUGAAGAUAGUUACAUUAGCAGAAUAAUUACAAUUAUGGCCGAGGUUCUGUGGUUUGGAGGAAAUAUAGCCACGGAAGAAACCAAGAUUAAGAUGACUGAACAGUUGAGGAUGUUCAGUCAGAAACUGGGAGACAAAUUUGUAGCCAUAUGUAAAGCAUUGCCUCCGGGUCUGCAGAACACAUUGCGCACCUACUUGGAAAUACAGCUGACCGGAGAACAUGCAUGCAAUGCUUAGUAGAAUUGAAUACCCUAAACCCUCUGUACAUGAAUCAGACUUCAAAAGAUGACAUAUCUGUGUUCUUAUUGAUCAUUCAUUACCUCUUUGAAUAUUCAAAAUUAGUAUACUUCUUUCGAAAAUAAAUACAAGUCUAUUACUCAA